UUGCAGCUGAAGUAAUGCGGAUCCUUCAGACGGAGCAAACCCCCGGGCGGCGUCCGCACCGACCCGGCGGGAGGGACGGCCCCUAAAUUCUGCCCCACAAGCGGUCUCACUUUGCGACACUGUCGCGACCCCGGCCGAUCCAGUUUGCGGCAGUGAGGCAGCGCUCCCUCCGUGGCCGAGUCGCCGGUUGUUCCAGAACUGUAGAAGAUGGCACGAUUCCUGACCCCGGUGAUCCAGGAUAAUCCCUUCGGAUGGGGACCAUGUGCUGUGCCAGAGCAGUUCAAGGACAUGCCGUAUCAGCCCUUUAGCAAAGGUGAUCGACUGGGAAAGGUCGCUGAUUGGACAGGAGCUACCUAUCAGGAUAAGAGAUACACCAAUAAGUACUCCUCCCAGUUUGGUGGCGGUAGUCAGUACGCCUACUUCCACGAGGAAGAUGAGACCAGCUUCCAGCUUGUGGAUACUGCUCGCACCCAGAAGACUGCCUACCAGAGGAACCGCAUGAGAUUCGCUCAGCAAAGAAACAUGAGGCGGGAGAAAGAUCGCCGUCAGUUGCUGCAGUUCAACAUGCAGACUCUUCCAAAGAGUGCCAAGCAGAAAGAGAGAGAUCGUUUGCGACUACAGAAGAAAUUUCAGAAGCAGUUCGGUGUGCGGCAAAAGUGGGACCAGAAAAACCAGCUGAAACCGAGAGAUUCUUCAGUUGAAGUCCGGAGUGACUGGGAAGUGAAGGAGGAAAUGGACUUCCCGAGGCUGAUGAAGAUGAGAUACAUGGAAGUGGCUGAUCCCAGUGACAUAGAGUGCUGUGGUACGUUGGAGUACUAUGACAAGGCCUUUGACCGAAUUACCACGCGGAACGAGAAGCAGUUGAGAAGUAUCAAGAGGAUUUUCCACACUGUUACCACCACUGACGAUCCUGUAAUUCGCAAGCUCGCCAAGACUCAGGGAAAUGUAUUUGCAACAGACGCCAUCCUGGCCACACUGAUGUGCUGCACCAGAUCCGUGUAUUCCUGGGAUAUCAUCGUGCAGCGGGUCGGUUCCAAGCUCUUCUUUGACAAACGUGACCACUCUGACUUUGAUUUACUGACGGUCAGCGAGACUGCGAACGAGCCCCCUCAAGAUGAAGGGAAUUCUUUCAAUUCUCCCCGAAACUUGGCCAUGGAGGCCACCUACAUCAACCACAACUUCUCCCAGCAGUGCCUGAAGAUGGUGAGGAAAGGCGCACCCAGUGAUGGCACUGAGAAGUACAAGUUCCCGAAUCCAAACCCUUUCGUGGAGGAUGACGUGGACAAGAAUGAGGUGGCUUCAGUGGGAUACAGGUACCGGAGGUGGAAGCUGGGGGAAGACAUCGACCUGAUCGUGCGAUGUGAGCACGACGGUGUCAUGACAGGAGCCAAUGGCGAAGUGUCCUUCAUCAAUAUCAAGACUCUGAAUGAGUGGGACUCGCGGUACUGUAAUGGUGUGGACUGGCGUCAGAAGCUGGACUCGCAGAGGGGAGCUGUCCUUGCCACAGAGUUGAAGAACAACAGCUACAAGCUGGCUCGAUGGACCUGCUGUGCAUUGCUGGCUGGAUCAGAGUAUCUCAAACUAGGGUACGUGUCCCGAUUCCACAUCAAGGACUCCUCCCGUCACGUCAUCCUGGGGACACAGCAGUUCAAGCCCAACGAGUUUGCCAGUCAGAUUAACCUGAGCAUGGAGAACGCCUGGGGCAUCCUGCGCUGUGUCAUCGACAUCUGCAUGAAGCUGGACGAGGGCAAAUACCUCAUCCUGAAGGACCCCAACAAGCAAGUCAUUCGUGUCUACAGCCUGCCCGACGGCACCUUCAGCUCUGAGGAGGAAGAGGACGAGGAUGAUGAGGACGAGGAGGAGGAGGAGGAUGGUGCACAGUGAGGAGCCCGGCCACGCCUUGACUCCGCACGCCUUGGAUAGUCUCAUGGCUGGGUGGCCCACAUCUCACUGGAACCACGCCAGUGAUGUUCACCCAUGAGGACAGUGAGACUAGAGUAAAGCCGUGUACAGUCACUCAAAAUAAAACUCAAAUACUUCCCCCA